AUGCAGACCUUGAGUGAAGCCCAUCUGCACAACAACCAUCCUGCUCCGCCGCCGCAGCCUGCCGGGAAUCGGGAUGUGGGACGUCUAGUCUUGAGACAUAGGCCACCGGUGUUCGCUGGAGAGGAGGAUCCCGUGAUACUCGAGGAGUGGAUCCGGUCCCUCGAUAAGAUCUUCGCCGUUGUAGGUUACCCUGUGGAUCGACGAGUAGAGCUGGUUUCUUUCUACUUCAGUCACGAGGCUGAUCUCUGGUGGGUACAUGAGGGACCCGCGUGUCAAGAAGAGCCCGACUUCGAUUGGACAGCCUUGAAGGACAGGAUGAGAGAGAGGUUUUAUCCAUCGCACGUCCGAGCCGCCAUGUACGAGGAGUUCUUACAUCUCCAGCAGGGCUCGUCAUCUGUGGUGGAAUACCAAAAGCGCUUUUUGGAGCUUGCCUGUUUUGCAAGGACGCUAGUCUCCACCGAGCUCGCAAAGGUGGAGAAGUUUGUGGCAGGGCUCAACUAUGAAGCCCGGAAGGCAUUGACUGUGAGCAAGCCAAGUACCUUGAAGGAGGCUUAUCUGAGCGCGGCCGAUCUGUACCGGGUGUAA